CAUUGUGACAAUCGUGGCGUUAAAAAUUAUCCUUGUUACCUCAAAAGCUAAAACCAGACCAUAUAGACUAGACUUCACAUCGUUAUCCAUGACCAAUGACAUAAGAAUUUCUUCCUCAUACUUCCAGUGAGCUAGAACGCUCAGCCAUGGCCACCUCUGCAGCUUCUCUUUCAUCCUUAUCCUCUCUCUCCAUUCGUACGCCACCAAGCACCUCGAUUCUCUCCGCUUCCUCUUUUCCCCCUACCAAACUUCACACAGCCCUCAAAACCAAACCCUCACACCCUUCUCUACCCGCAGUCUCUUCGCACCGCGCCAAUGUCGCCCCAACCAGAGCCAAAUCGAACGACAUCGACACCAGCUUCUUCGACAAUCUCAAUCCAGAAGAAGAAGUUGUCUUCGAGCCCGUCGAACCGCCCGAAGGCUUUGUUCCCCCGCCGGCCAUCGACGAGGGUCCGUUCGAAACAGAGGAUGAAAUUACAGCUGCGUACGAGGAGCGCUACGGCCCAGCGUACAGUGGGGUCAGCGUAUUGGGCAAUGACAUAUAUGUGAUGGACUCCACGUUGAAGAAAAAAAAUAGUUUUGGGAAGAUCAAGGUGGAGAAGGUGAAAGAUGGGCUUGAGGAAAGGGUGGUGGAGGUGAGAAGGGUGAAUAAGGUGGUGAAGGGAGGGAGACAAUUGAAUUUCAGGGUAGUUGUAGUGGUGGGCGACAAGCGGGGCCAAGUGGGUGUCGGUGUAGCCAAGGCUAAGGAGAUUAUUGCGGCGGUUCAGAAAUCUGCGAUAGAUGCACGGCGGAACAUAGUCACAGUGCCAAUUACCAAGUAUUCGACAUUUCCUCACAGGUCAGAUGGAAAAUUUGGGGCAGCAAAGGUGAUGCUUAGACCUGCUUGUCCAGGUUCUGGAGUGCUUGCUGGAGGGGCUGUGAGGGCUGUUUUGGAAAUGGCAGGCCUUCAGAAUGCCUUGGGAAAACAACUUGGUAGCGAUAACCUCCUUAACAAUGCCAGGGCGACGAUUGUUGCUGUGCAGAAAAUGAGGCAUUUCCGUGAUGUUGCUCUUGAGCGUGGGAUCCCGAUGGAAGAACUCUGGAAAUGAUCAACACUAGAAAAUUUAGGUUCUCAUCUUGUGCAUUUAAUUAUUGUUCUCAUUUGUCAUUCGUAACUUGUACCAUGAAAUUGUUAAAAAAUGAUAUUUCUUCAUUCCAAACAGAAUGCUUCACUCCACAUCAUUACAUUCAUCGUUGUACUUUUUGGCAA